AUGGAAAUUGCUACUCUUGGGAUACAAAAGCGUCGACGACAGCUCUUCGAUAAUUUUAUAAUUAUCUGGCUCGAUACAAACAAGAAUGAAAUGUAUGACAAAUGUCAGGAAACGAUGAUUCAUCAUCGAAUAUCUUCACUCACGUCCGUUCAAAAAUUAAGUGAUUUAGAUCAAUGCGUUGAUUUUCUCACUAAUAUUGAUGAUGAUGAUAAGGUUUUUCUUAUUAUUUCCGGUAACUUUGGGGAGACACUCAUACCAUGCAUUUAUCUACUUGCCCAACUUCAUUCUAUUUAUAUCCUAGACAAUCAACAUAAACAUCAAUGGGCAAAUGAAUAUCGAAAAGUUAAGGAUAAUUUUACGGACGUCGAAUCCAUAUUCGAUCAAAUUGAACGAGACAUGAAACAAUCUCAAAAAGAUAGUACAUCAAUCAGUAUUAUCAACUCAUCUUCUACUCAUGUGAAUCAGCUCGAUCAAUCAUUUAUGUAUUCACAAUUAUUAAAAGAGAUUAUUAUAGAAGAACCAUUCGAUGAAGAAGCUAAACAAAAAUUUAUCGAUUUUUGUCAUAAAUACUAUACUGAACAUAAUAUUGAUUUGAAUGUGAUUGAUAAAUUUAUUCAUGAUUAUGAUAUUCAUUCACCUAUUUGGUGGUAUACCAAAGAGAUAUUUAUCUAUUCAAUGGUCAAUAGAGCUCUACGAACCCAGAAUAUUGAAGUGAUCAUCAAAAUGGGUUUCUUCAUACGCGACCUUCAUCAACAAAUAGGACAACGGCAUCAGGAUGAGAUGCAAUCAACAGAGAAAAUGAUUGUUUACCGAGGACAAGGAUUAUCUCACAGUGACUUCGAAAAGUUGAUCAAUAGCCAAGGUGGCCUUUUAUCAUUCAACAAUUUUCUUUCGACCAGUACUGAUCAACAAGUUUCGUAUAUAUUUGCGGAUAGUGCUGGUAGUGAUUCUGAUUUGAUUGGUAUUCUAUUUCGAAUGGAAAUUGAUCCAACGAUUCGAUCAAGUCCGUUCACUUCUCUUGAUAAUGUAAGCUAUUAUGAGAGUUCAGAGAAGGAAGUUUUAUUCUCAAUGCAUACUGUCUUUCGGAUUGGAAAAAUCCAACAAAUUGAACAUCAUUUGUGGCACGUUGAUCUCAUUUUAACAAACGAUGAUGAUGAGCAACUUCGUCAACUUACUGAACAAAUGCGACAGAUAACUUGUGGAUCAACACGACUUGAGCGUCUCGGUGCGCUGAUGAUUGAAAUGGGCGAAAGUAAUAAAGCUCAAGAGAUGUAUGAAACAAUGCUUGAAACAGCACGUAACAUAGAUGUAAAAGAAAACGCAGAACUUCACCAUCAGUUAGGCUAUGUUUUCGAUCAGAAGGGUGAGCUCGAUCGAGCAUUACUACACUAUCGCAAGUCACUAAAACUCCAUUUGACUUUUGUGUCACCAGAUGAUCCAUGUAUGUCGACCAUAUAUUCAAAUAUUGGCUCCGUUCUUCAUGAUCUAGGUGAAUAUGAUGAAGCAUUGGAACACUAUCAGCGGGCUCUUACUAUCGCCGCUGGUAAAUCCGCGGAAAAGGAUGCACUUUUUCACAAUAACAUUGGUACAGUGCUCCGUGAUAAAGGCAAAUAUGAUGAGGCACUCAAAAGUUAUAAGUGUGCGCUCAAUAUUCAACUUGAUUGUCUUUCAUCUCUACAUCCGUCGCUAGCUACCACGUAUGGUAAUAUCGGUCAAGUCCAUUUUUCGAUGGGAGACAAUUUAACUGCACUUUCAUAUUAUCAAAAAGUACUUGAUAUACACAAGAGAUCUCUACCAUCUGAGCAUCCAUUAGUUGCUACAUGUAUGAAUAAUAUGGCCUCGAUUUACUAUGCACUAGAAGACUAUUUGACUGCUAUCUCGUACUAUCAAAAAGCACUAAACAUCAUGGAAAAGUCAGAAUCGUGUCAUUAUCCAACAUUGGCUGUCAUUUACAUUAAUAUAGCCAUGAUUUUUCAACUUCUUGGUCAAACCAAUGAAGCCAUUGAACGUACAGCACGAGCCGUUGACAUUGCAAGUCAGGUUCUUGGAUCUGAUCAUCCUGAAACACUCAAAUAUAAACAAUACCUUAAUAACUUGAAAAAUUCAUUCUAA